UUCAGUCGUACGUCCAGCUCCAAGUAGAAGCGAGGGUGCCCGUAUCACUGAGAAAAAAAAUCCGUGUUUUCUUUUUCUCUUCGGUUUUGAGACAUUCAUACUGAAGACAACACAAAAAAGCCCCAACAAUCUUGCCAUCAAUUAGGAGCAACAGAAAUGGCGUGCGGGACCGCUUUGCGUUUCGUCUUAUUAGCACAACCGUGGCUACCCGUUCGUCUCAACCGGACCUCCGCUUGCGCUUCAUUGAGAACCAGUGUUUCUUCUACGCCCAGGUUGAGCGGCAAAUUCCGGACCCUUAGGGCCCCAGAUUUUCACUCGGCGAAACGAACUCCACUCUAUUGCUCUCACAACGAAACCCCAUCAUCUCAGGACGACCAGGGUCCGCCUCAAGAAGCUGUUCUCAAAGCUAUUUCAGCAGAGGUGUCUAAGACGGAAGGGAGAGUUGGGCAAACCACAAAUGUGGUUAUUGGUGGCACCGUAACGGACGAUUCAACCAAUGAAUGGCUUGCUUUGGAUCAGAAGGUAAACUCAUACCCAACAGUGCGAGGAUUUACAGCGAUUGGAACGGGUGGCGAUGAUUUUGUGCAAGCUAUGGUUGUUGCCGUUGAAUCUGUGCUUCAACAACCAAUCCCUGAGGUAGGUCGGGUGAGGCAGAAAGUGUCAUCAAGAGGCAAAUAUGUAUCUGUGAACAUUGGACCUGUUCAAGUUGUUUCGAGUGAGCAGGUCCAAGCUGUAUACAAUGCCAUGAGGAGAGAUGAACGGAUGAAGUACUUUUUGUAGUGUGGUGGUUUCAAUUUUGUAUAGAUUGCUGAUUAUCAAUGGCUGUAUGAUUGCCCAUCGAUUUUCAGUUUCUUUUGUUAUCUUUCCAUGUUAGCCUGGUAUGUUCUAACCCAUGAUAUAAUUGUAUUCGAGGAAAUGAUAGUUCAAAAUUAAUCUACUGUAUAUUCUCAAUAUUUAUUUGUUACUCAUAAAAGAAGUCCUCAAAUUUUCCUA